AUUUGCCGGCUAGUAGCGCACGCAGUUGCAGCUUCAUGGAACUAGGGAGGGAUAAUGAAUUAAACCAGAACGUAUAUUGAUACAUUCAGUUUGCGGUCUUGUCUGUUAUAUUUAGGAGUUAACUGUUAGCCUAUAUUGUGCUUUUUCCCUAGUAUUAUCUGUUUUAUUGAGUAACAUUUCGCGAAGAUGUCUGUGGUAGGAUUCGACGUCGGUUUCCUGAACUGCUAUGUAGCGGUAGCUCGAGCCGGAGGAAUAGAAACUGUAGCCAAUGAAUACAGCGAUCGGUGUACACCGUAAGUGACAUUUAUAUUUGGUGUGGCUUAUCCUAUUUGGUGUGAAUUGUAAUUUUCAACCAGUUUGCCUCUAAAGUGAUUGAGAAAAUAGAGGGAUGGGAACACAUUUUGUGGCCUUGACAGCGCGACAGACAAGGGAGGUGCGCUAACAAGCUAGCGGGCUAACAUUAGCCUAGCCGAGCAACUCGCUAGUUAACGUCAAGCGUUGCAACACAACACGUGAAUGUUAUUGCUAGCUAGACCGAUCAACCCAUGACUUGUAAAAACGAGCAAUCGUUGUACUCUGUUAGCUAUUUUACCAAUUAAACGUUACGUCAUUUGACUUUUGAAACCUUAACUUACAUUCCUCACGUAACAUCUUGAGUGUUUUCGAAGACAAUGGGGGUUAAUUGUUGUCCCCCCCUUUCAAGGGGUUAAUUUUUCAAUAAAGUAUGAAUGGGCGCAUGAAUGCGACUGGGAGGAGGCCUGCAAUUUCUUGACAUCAGUGGACUUGUUCAUAGGAAUCAUGUGUAUUCUGAUUUGUAUUACUAGCCAGCUAAUAAAACACAUUUAGAUUGUCAAUUUAAUGCUACUGUGUUAUACUAGCUAGCGCUGUUAUCUUAUUAUGGAGAGACCCGUGAAAACAGACAAGCAUUUUACUGAUGUUUAUUCCGCUGUCAUUCUUUCAGAGCAUGCGUGUCAUUUGGACCGCGGAAUCGAUCUAUUGGUGCAGCUGCUAAAAGCCAGGUAUGUUUUGAUAGAGGGCGACCUCUACUUGAUAAUUUAUUUGACUAGUGACACAUUGAGUGUGAAUCUUUUAGCAAGUUCUAUGGUUUUCUGCUUAUGCAUAGAAAUAGGGAUUUCAUAUCCAGGCCAAUAUUUAAUUACCCGAUGGAACUAUUAAAAACAGAAGAGAAAAUCAUUAUGCAUUCAUGCCCUCAAAGGACCCUAAAUAAAUCCAUGGGGUCAAGUUUGCCAUUCUUUUUAUAUCUAAAGUAUUUGAUCAACUGUUCCAUAAUUAAUAAUGGCUCCUUCCCCAUUAGGUAGCAAAUCAUUAAAGUACUUUUUAAUGUGAGAUAAUUAUUUAUUUUGCAUAAUGCAUCAUGUUCUUUCCCCGUUAAUCCCAAAUCAGGUCGUCACAAACUGCAAGAACACAGUCCAAGGGUUCAAGAGAUUUCAUGGCCGGGCGUUCUAUGAUCCGUACAUCCAGAGUUUGAAAUCCAGCCUGGUUUACGACCUGGCACAGAUGCCUUCGGGCACCACUGGCAUCAAGGUAAGGAGAGAAAACCAUGAAGAUUAGAUCUGGUUAAAAGGGUGGGGAAUAUAUUAAUUGGCCUAAUGGAGAGAUGGGUCCCUUUGAGUGCCAGAUAGAUUACUCAUCAUCCUUGUCUAAUCUGUAAUCAACAUAGAUAUUGGUUGUGUAUCUGUCUGUCUUUGCCGUAUAAUACUUUAAUGUGUUAUUCUGUAUUGUACUCUACCUGUGUGAACCCUAAAAUCAAUCAAUCAAGCAAUACUUUACAAUGACAACUGGUGUCUGUGUGUCCUUUAGGUGAUGUACAUGGAGGAGGAGAAGGUGUUCAGCAUUGAGCAGGUCACUGCCAUGCUUCUGACCAAGAUGAAGGAGACAGCUGAGCAUGCACUGAAGAAACCCGUGGCUGAUUGCGUUGUCUCUGUGAGUAUCAAUCUGCAGUGUGCUAGUGUGCACUGGGCGCUACGCUUUACUAUAAAGACCAGGAAUUUGGUCAUAUGUAAAACGGAGUUUGGAAAGUUACACUAAAGACCAGAUAUGAAAAACAAAUUGGUUCAGUUUUUAGGCCUGCUGGCUAAUCACAGCCUAUGUCAUCCUCCCCAGGUCCCCUGCUACUACACGGACGCAGAGAGGAGAUCAGUGGUGGACGCAGCACAGAUCGCUGGACUCAACUGUCUGAGGCUCAUGAAUGAGACAACUGCAGGUAUGGGGAGAGCUGUGUUGACCCCUAACAGAGUUACUGUAACUAUUUAACUCAACCACAUCUUAUUUGAUAUUAAGGCGAUUUGCUGUUUCAUAAUUAAUAAUGAUUAUACAUAUCUUCCUUCCAGUGGCGUUGGCGUAUGGGAUCUACAAGCAGGACCUCCCUGCACCAGAGGAGAAGCCCAGGAUUGUGGUGUUUGUAGACAUUGGACACUCUGGAUACCAGACCUCUGUCUGUGCCUUCAACAAAGGCAAGCUGAAGGUGGGUGUCUUUUAUCAGGAGGCUAUGUGGGUCAUGCUGAUUCUACGAAAUUACAUUUUUUACUGAAAUGUCCACGAAGGAGUUACAGACAACUUCAAUAACCUCUUGGCUAUUAAACAAAACAAGUGCUCUAGGGCCCAGAGUUGUUCUGGUCAGGUCACAUGGGCUCAGGAAAAACUCCCAGCCCUCAUAAUUCGUUUUUCAUAUUUUGUAAUACCAUUUCUCCCCCCCCCUCAGAUCCUUGCGACGGCCUGCGACCCGGAGCUGGGCGGGAAGGACUUUGACGAGAUGCUGGUGAGACACUUCUGUGAGGAGUUUGGGAAGAAGUACAAGCUGGACGUGAAGACCAAGCCCAGGGCUCUGGUCAGGCUCUUCCAGGAGUGUGAGAAACUCAAGAAGCUGAUGAGCGCCAACUCCUCAGACCUGCCCCUCAACAUCGAGUGCUUUAUGAACGACAUUGACGUCUCCGGGAAACUCAACAGGUAUAGUGUUUUGUAGUCUAUGAGAUUGUUGUUAUCGCAAUUGAGCACCUUCUUGAUGUGGUCCUUAAUGUGUUCAACAGUUAAGAGUCUUACAUGAUCUACAGUACUAGAUAUUAGUUAUUAUUUUUUGCCUUGAAUACACUACAAAUACGUUCCCUGCAACAACAGGGUGAUCAAAUUAUGAUUCUGCAUCUGUAUUUUCUAAAAAAUUUCUAGGGGUCAGUUUGAGGAGAUGUGUGCUGACGUUCUGGCCAGAGUGGAGGCACCGCUGCACAACCUGAUGGAGCAAGCCAGUGAGUAUCGUAGGUUUGCAUAUAACUUGCUUGAAUCUCAGUACAGAAUUUAUCUUUGUGUAUAACAUUGAGCAUUGAGUGUUGUCUUUAUAGCAUUGAGUUAUGUCAGUGACUGUCAGUUCUGAUUGGUGCCUUUCUUCCUGGUUCCUGUCCAAUCAGAGCUUAAGAAGGAGGACAUCUAUGCGGUGGAAAUAGUGGGAGGGGCCUCCCGUAUCCCGUCUGUCAAAGAGAGGAUCAGCAAAUUCUUUGGGAAGGAGCUGAGCACCACCCUGAAUGCUGAUGAGGCUGUGGCCAGAGGAUGUGCCCUGCAGGUCUGAUGGUCUUGCUCUGUUUCCCCCCCUCCUGACCUUAAAAUACCCUUUGGACAUCCAGGAUUUGCUUGCACAGCAAAUGUAGAUAAGAAUACAAAAGUUAGCCUCCAAACGCUUAUUUACUAUUACAUGUCAAUUUUGGAGUAGUAAUGAUCAUGAUUCCAACGUUUAUAGAUAUAAUUCUUACCAGUAGGACCUAAUUCAUUGUUGAUUUCUACUGGGAUAUGGUGAUGGAAUAAUGGUUUGCCUCCCUGCUAAGAAUAUCCCCUGUCUGCCUCCUCAGUGUGCAAUCCUGUCCCCUGCAUUCAAAGUGCGUGAGUUCUCCAUCACAGAUGCAGUUGCUUACCCCAUCUCUCUGAAAUGGAACUCUGCUGCAGAGGAAGGCUUGAGGUAAACUACAAUACAUAUCUUUGGUUUAUAAUCACGAUUGAUUUGAUAGAUUUUUGUGGGAUGGCUUCAUUGUAGUUAUUUUACUGCUAAUAAACUAGACUGUUUAUGCGUGUUGUCCAUUGUAGCGACUGCGAGGUAUUCCCAAAGAACCAUGCUGCACCGUUCUCCAAAGUGUUGACUUUCUACCGGAGGGAACCUUUCUCUCUGGAAGCCUACUACAACACCCCCAAAGAGCUGCCGUACCCCGACCCCACCAUAGGUAUGUACACUGCAUUGAAUCCACUAUGAACCACGCACCUGUGGGUCCUGUUCUCUCUCUGCAAACAGUGUCUUCUAUAGAAACGUAGUCAGUCCAUGCAUCCUAGCAGCAUUAUCUUUUCGAAAAGGCCUGUGGACUACAGUUUGCAAUAUGAAACUUCUCAUUGACUUGCCCAUUGAUUUUUUGUUGUUGUUGUAUUAAAACAAAUGUAUAACCGUUUUUGUCAAGUGUCUGUAAUGCAAGUUUCCCCCUAUAAAGUAUAUCCCAGUGUGUCAUCAGUAUUUCCUGUGAAAUGUAUCAUCUGUGUGCCAUUACCACCUUAUUUCCUGUGUCCUCUCCUCCAGGUCAGUUUGUGAUCCAGAAGGUGGUACCCCAGGCGUCUGGGGAGAGCUCUAAGGUCAAGGUGAAGGUGAGGGUCAACAUCCACGGCAUCUUCAGCGUCUCCUCAGCCUCUCUGGUGGAGGUCCAGAAGACAGAGGAGGGAGAGGAGCCCAUGGACACAGAACAGCAGGCAACACCAGAGAAGGAGGAAGAGGUGAUUGUUAAUAAUAAUAUUCAUUCAAUUUGAAUGUAGGAUUUGUUUUACCUAAGUGUCUUUGUCAGGAUUCACUACACAGACAAUUACAGUUGACUUGAAAGUCCAUUGAAAGAUAGGCCUACAAAUAUGCUAUUAAACCAUACAACCUGAGGACGAGGGGCUUCAGUUAGGUACAGUACUAUAUUGUGAUGACACUGCUAUCUGGAUGUCUGUCUGUCCUAUCAUUGGCCAGAGAUGUGGUGUUAAUGAAGUGCCCUGCCCUCUCUGCAGGGCAAAAUGCAGACUGACCAGGAUGAGACGAAGGCCCAAGGAGAUGGACAGAACGAGGCAGAAGAGGAGAAGAAGACGUCAGAGAAUGAGGAGAUGGAGGUAACAGUGAAUAUUCCGUCUAUGUUGUGACACAUUUGACAGCUAUGAUCAUGACGUUUAUGGUAGCGUUCUGCACUUUCUGUCCUGGAGGACGGCAGUUUGUAUAGACUUAGACAAAAGCAAAUAGCCUGGUCCCAGAUCAGUUUGUGUUGUCUUGCCAAUGACCAGCUGACCAGACAGAACAAACCCAUCUAGGAGCAGGCUGGAAAACGUUCACCAGGAGUGAAGAGCACUACUUUAUGGAUAUUUAGUCUUAAUGAUGCCGUUUCCCUCUCAUCUCCCCCCCCCCCAGACCUCCACAGAGAAGAAGAAGUCUGACCAGCCUCCCCAGGCCAAGAAGCCCAAAGUCAAGACAAAAGUCCUGGAGCUUCCCAUCGAGAACAGCCCCCAGUGGGAGCUGGCCAUCGACAUGCUCAACCUCUUUGUAGAAAAUGAGGUAAUUAAAAAAUCUGACAUCUAUGGAUUGUUUUAUGUCUCCUUACUGCUAUCCUCUCUGUGUCUUUGGUAUCUAUAUUUCUCUGUCUGUCUAUUCUGUCGUUCUGUAUUGUAUUCAUCCGGCUGGUUCUAUACACUUGUCUUUUACAUGUUUCUCUCUCUGUUUUGAGUAGUGCUUGAAGAGUGUUCUGUGGUUUAUUGAUUUGUUUGUUUGCACAGGGUAAGAUGAUCAUGCAGGACAAGCUGGAGAAGGAGAGGAACGACGCUAAGAAUUACGUGGAGGAGUAUGUGUACGACAUGAGGGACAAACUGCACGGCAGGCUGGAGAAAUUUGUCAGUGAAGCUGUGAGUACUGUGGCUUUUUCUGUGGCUUUCUGUGGUACUUCCAACGCUUGUCUGAAAUUAGCUGCCCAUGAAACACAAACAUGUUUCUUAAAGGGAUACUUUGGGAUUUCGACAAUGAAGCCCUCCCUGUAACUACUUCCUCAUUGUCAGAUGAACUCAUGGAAGUAGAUAAACGGCUCAUUGCCAAAAUCCUGAAGUAUCCCAUUAACAACAAUAUAUAAAGGAUUUUAUAAUACUGUAUAUCAGAAUUGUAUUCUCUGUAACAUGUUAAUGACAGUGUGUUGACUUUGAUUGUUGUAGGACUGUAUGUUAAUGCCUGUGUUUUGACUGUGUAGGAUCGGGACAUCCUGUCGUUACAACUGGAGGACACAGAGAACUGGCUGUAUGUUAAUGCCUGUGUUUUGACUGUGUUAGGAUCGGGACAUCCUGUCGUUACAACUGGAGGACACAGAGAACUGGCUGUAUGUUAAUGCCUGUGUUUUGACUGUGUUAGGAUCGGGACAUCCUGUCGUUACAACUGGAGGACACAGAGAACUGGCUGUAUGUUAAUGCCUGUGUUUUGACUGUGUAGGAUCGGGACAUCCUGUCGUUACAACUGGAGGACACAGAGAACUGGCUGUAUGUUAAUGCCUGUGUUUUGACUGUGUAGGAUCGGGACAUCCUGUCGUUACAACUGGAGGACACAGAGAACUGGCUGUAUGUUAAUGCCUGUGUUUUGACUGUGUAGGAUCGGGACAUCCUGUCGUUACAACUGGAGGACACAGAGAACUGGCUGUAUGUUAAUGCCUGUGUUUUGAAUGUGUAGGAUCGGGACAUCCUGUCGUUACAACUGGAGGACACAGAGAACUGGCUGUAUGUUAAUGCCUGUGUUUUGACUGUGUAGGAUCGGGACAUCCUGUCGUUACAACUGGAGGACACAGAGAACUGGCUGUAUGUUAAUGCCUGUGUUUUGACUGUGUAGGAUCGGGACAUCCUGUCGUUACAACUGGAGGACACAGAGAACUGGCUGUAUGUUAAUGCCUGUGUUUUGACUGUGUAGGAUCGGGACAUCCUGUCGUUACAACUGGAGGACACAGAGAACUGGCUGUAUGUUAAUGCCUGUGUUUUGACUGUGUAGGAUCGGGACAUCCUGUCGUUACAACUGGAGGACACAGAGAACUGGCUGUAUGUUAAUGCCUGUGUUUUGACUGUGUAGGAUCGGGACAUCCUGUCGUUACAACUGGAGGACACAGAGAACUGGCUGUAUGUUAAUGCCUGUGUUUUGACUGUGUUAGGAUCGGGACAUCCUGUCGUUACAACUGGAGGACACAGAGAACUGGCUGUAUGUUAAUGCCUGUGUUUUGACUGUGUAGGAUCGGGACAUCCUGUCGUUACAACUGGAGGACACAGAGAACUGGCUGUAUGUUAAUGCCUGUGUUUUGACUGUGUAGGAUCGGGACAUCCUGUCGUUACAACUGGAGGACACAGAGAACUGGCUGUAUGUUAAUGCCUGUGUUUUGACUGUGUUAGGAUCGGGACAUCCUGUCGUUACAACUGGAGGACACAGAGAACUGGCUGUAUGUUAAUGCCUGUGUUUUGACUGUGUAGGAUCGGGACAUCCUGUCGUUACAACUGGAGGACACAGAGAACUGGCUGUAUGUUAAUGCCUGUGUUUUGACUGUGUAGGAUCGGGACAUCCUGUCGUUACAACUGGAGGACACAGAGAACUGGCUGUAUGUUAAUGCCUGUGUUUUGACUGUGUAGGAUCGGGACAUCCUGUCGUUACAACUGGAGGACACAGAGAACUGGCUGUAUGUUAAUGCCUGUGUUUUGACUGUGUUAGGAUCGGGACAUCCUGUCGUUACAACUGGAGGACACAGAGAACUGGCUGUAUGUUAAUGCCUGUGUUUUGACUGUGUAGGAUCGGGACAUCCUGUCGUUACAACUGGAGGACACAGAGAACUGGCUGUAUGUUAAUGCCUGUGUUUUGACUGUGUUAGGAUCGGGACAUCCUGUCGUUACAACUGGAGGACACAGAGAACUGGCUGUAUGUUAAUGCCUGUGUUUUGACUGUGUAGGAUCGGGACAUCCUGUCGUUACAACUGGAGGACACAGAGAACUGGCUGUAUGUUAAUGCCUGUGUUUUGACUGUGUUAGGAUCGGGACAUCCUGUCGUUACAACUGGAGGACACAGAGAACUGGCUGUAUGUUAAUGCCUGUGUUUUGACUGUGUUAGGAUCGGGACAUCCUGUCGUUACAACUGGAGGACACAGAGAACUGGCUGUAUGAAGAUGGAGAGGACCAGCCUAAACAACAAUACAUCGACAAACUGGUCGAGCUGAAGGUAAAGCACUGUCACUAUGGGCCAGUUUCCCAGACCCUGAUUAAGCCUAGUCUGAGGUAAUGCUUUCCUUUGUCAUUAUAGUCACGCCGGUAUGCAUUGCUGUUUUCUUUCUGUCUGUCUGUCUGUCUGUCUGUCUGUCUGUCUGUCUGUGUCUCUCUGUGUCUCUGUCUCUCUCUGUAUAAGCACUUUGUGACAUCUGCUGAUGUAAAAAAAAGGCUUUAUAAAUAGAUUUGAUUGGUUGAAGCUCAUCUCCCUACCAUCAUAUCUAAGCCAAUGUGACACCAAUGUCGAUGAAAAUGUACAAAUCAACUUGAUUGAAGGUUCACAACACACUCCUCGCCAUGAGCCGUCCGGCCGUUCCCGAGAACCACAUACCGGAUUUUUAACAGGGUCGUUAGCAAUUCAGUUUUUAAAGUAUUUUCUGCGCCUACCUAGCUCAAAUUCUAGACGUUAGAUUAAAGCGAGACUAUAGCGUCCAUAAAGUGACCGUUUUGAUGUAAAAUAAUUCGGAUUAACUGAGUUUGUUGGUGCAACGGUUUUUAUUCCAUUUAUAUAAUUCAUCGCUCGUUUCCCUCCGUUAACAACGAUGUCAUACCUUUUUGUAGCAUUUCUGACAAUGCUACAUAUUUUAAGGCCAAUCUCAAGAGUUCUAUUUAACUGGGUCGAGCAACUCCUGUUGUUCGGCAACAACACAGCUGCUGCGGCCUGCAACAGGCUGCCAGUCCAUAAGAAGUGUCUGAGAACAAAACAAGGCUACUGUAGAUAACUGGUGGUAUUCAAGCUGAGGUUAAACAGAUAUUUUGAUUAGCUAGGUAGCUAGCUAGCUAGCUAAAGUUACCAAGUCUGUUUGAGAAGGUUUGAAUGCUAAGCAACCUGCAUACACAUUGUUUGAAGUGCAAUAGACCAAUAUAGCUACUGUAGUAGGUCAAAGUUGUAUGCUGGAAAACCUUGGCAGAGCAUGGGUUUCAGACCAAUGCCUACUUUGUUGUUGUUUUUAAAUUGUCAUUAUGAGUUAAAGUCCUGUCAACUCAAUUGUGUGUUCUGCAAAUUUGUGUUACAUUUCGACAAAGUCAGAUGAAAGUAGCGUCACCAAAGUUUGAAAAAUGAGUUUCAUUGCUGUGUCACUGACGCUCUAUCUGAAAAUGCCUAGCUUCCUCCUCAGUCUAGUUCAACACAGUUGAAAUGGGUUGGAUUAGCCAAUGUGUCUGGCAUAAGUGUUGUCUGAUGUCUCCAGAAACUGGGCCAGCCUAUCCAGGAGAGGUACAUGGAGUCUGAAGAAAGACCUAGAGCCUUCGAUGAGAUGGGAAAACAGAUCCAGAUGUACAUGAAGAUCGUUGAAGCUUAUAAAACCAAGGUACCACUGCCCUUAUAAAACCAAGGUUCCACUGCCCUUAUAAAACCAAGGUUCCAGAGGUCUAGAAAUAAUCAGAUUCAUUUGGAUCAUAAUGCUCAGUAGGCUCCACAGAACUACAAACAUCAUUCAAUUAAACAAACAGAAGUUGACAAUGUUUGCAUUUCAGGAAUGACAAUGUGUAUUGUAUUAUGCUACUAAAUGGAUGUAAUAUACAUUUAUUAUUAUUAUUAUUAUUAUUACACACUUUGCUACAAUGGACUACAUCUUUAUUCUUUGCGUACCCCAGGAGGAGCAGGUAUGACUGAGAAAUCUUAGAAAUACUUCUAGUAAUAGAAAUGUAGUAUAGUACAGUCGCUAAUGCUAGAAUACACCAUUGCCUUACGUCAGAACUCUCGUCCCGCAGUGCAGACGGAAUCGACACACUAUCUGACAUAAGACAAUGAGAAUACACUAGAAUAGUUCUGUUAUCUCAACCAGCUUCACCUGGAAUGCUUUUCUAACAGUCUUGAAUGAGUUCCCACAUAUGCCAACAAUAUGCAUAUGCACAUUGUUGGCUGCUUUUCCUUCAUUCUGCAGUCCAACUUACAUUUACAUUUUUACAUUUUAGUCAUUUAGCAGACGCUCUUAUCCAGAGCGACUUACAGUUAGUGAAUACAUAUUUUUUUAUACUGGCCCCCCGUGGGAAUCGAACCCACAACCCUGGCGUCGAACCCACAACCCUGGCGUUGCAAACGCCAUGCUCUAUCAACUGAGCCACAUCCCUGCCGGCCAUUCCCUUCCCUACCCUGGACGACGCUGGGCCAAUUGUGCGCCGCCCAUGAGUCUCCCGGUCGCGGCCGGCUGCGACAGAGCCUGGAUUCGAACCAGGAUCUCUAGUGACACAGUUAGCACUGCGAUGCAGUGCCUUAGACCACUGCGCCACUCAGGAGAAUAACUCAUCCCAAACCAUCGCAAUUGGGUUGAGAUCAGGUGAUUGUGGAGGCCAGGUCAUCUAAUGCAGCACUCCAUCACUCUCCUUCUUGGACAAAUAGCCCUUAGACAGCCUGGAGGUGUGUUGGGUCAUUGUCCUGUUGAAAAAAAAAAUGUGUUCUCAAAUUUGGACUCAUCAGAACAAAGGACAGAUUUCCACCGGUCUAAUGUCCAUUGCUCGUGUUUCUUGGCCCAAGCAAGUUUCUUCUUAUUAUUGGUGUCCGUUAGUAGUGGUUUUCUUUGAACCCUGUGAAGCAUUUAUUUGGGCUGCAAUUUCUGAGGCUGGUAACUCUAAUGAACUUAUCCUCUGCAGCAGAGGUAACUCUGGGUCUUCCAUUCCUGUGGCGGUCCUCAUGAGAGCCAGUUUCAUAGCGCUUGAUGGUUUUUGCGACUGCACUUGAAGAAACUUUCGAGGUUCUUGAAAUUUUCUGGAUUGACUGACCUUCAUGUCUUAAAGUAAUGAUGGACUGUGCUCUUUGCUUAUUUGAGCUGUUCUUGCCAUAAUAUGGACUUGGUCUUUUACCAAAUCUUCUGUAUCUUCUGUAAACCCCCCCUACCUUGUCACAACACAACUGAUUGGCUCAAACGUAUUAAGAAGGAAAGAAAUUCCACAAAUAAACUUUUAAGAAGGCACACCUGUUAAUUGAAAUGCAUUCCAGGUGACUACCUCGUGAAGCUGGUUGAGAGAAUGCCAAGAGUGUGCAAAUCUAUCAUCAAGGCAAAGGGUGGCUAUUUGAAGAAUCUCAAAUAUAAAAUAUAUAUUUUGAUUUGUUUAACACUUUUUUUUUGGUUACUACAUGAUUCCAUAUGUGUUAUUUCAUAGUUUAGAUGUCUUCACUAUUAUUCCACAAUGUAGAAAAUAUUUAAAAAAUUAAGAAAAACCCUGGAAUGAGUAGGUGUAUCCAAACAUUUGACUGGUACUGUAUGUUAGACGGUUUGUUUGGUUGUCUUUCCAUCCCCCAGGAGGAGCAGUAUGACCAUCUGGACCAGGAAGACAUCAACAAGGUGGAUAAGAUGGUGAAUGAAGCCAUGAUCUGGCUGAACAGCAAGAUGAACCAACAGAGUAAACUGAGCUUGACUGUGGAGCCUGCGGUUAGAGUCCGAGAGAUACAGGACAAGACUAAGGUGAGACUAUCUACUCUACUACUAACUACAGUACUGCUAACUACUCCACUACUAACUACAGUACUGCUAACUAACUACUCUACUACUAACUACAGUACUGCUAACUAACUACUCUACUACUAACUACAGUACUGCUAACUAACUACUCCACUACUAACUACAGUACUGCUAACUACUCUACUACUAACUACAGUACUGCUAACUAACUACUCUACUACUAACUACAGUACUGCUAACUAACUACUCUACUACUAACUACAGUACUGCUAACUAACUACUCUACUACUAACUACAGUACUGCUAACUAACUGCUCUACUGAUAACUAACUACAGUACUGCUAACUAACUGCUCUACUGAUAACUAACUACAGUACUGCUAACUAACUGCUCUACUGAUAACUAACUACAGUACUGCUAACUAACUGCUCUACUGAUAACUAACUACUCUACUGCUAACUAACUACUCUACUGCUAACUACUCUACUGCUAACUAACUACUCUACUGCUAACUAACUACAGUAUUGCAAACGAACUACACUAUCACUAACUACUCUACUACUAACUACAGUACUGCUAACUACUCUACUGAUAACUAACUACUCUACUGAUAACUAACUACUCUACUGCUAACUAACUACAGUACUGCUAACUAACUACAGUACUGCUAACUAACUGCUCUACUGAUAACUAACUACAGUACUGAUAACUAACUACAGUACUGCUAACUAACUACGAUACUGCUAACUAACUACUCUACUGCUAACUAACUACAGUAUUGCAAACGAACUACACUAUCACUAACUACUCUACUGCUAAAUAACUACUCUACUGCUAACUAACUACUCUACUGCUAACUAACUACACUAUCACUAACUACUCUACUGCUAAAUAACUACUCUACUGCUAAAUAACUACUCUACUGCUAACUAACUACUCUACUGCUAACUAACUACAGUAUUGCAAACGAACUACACUAUCACUAACUACUCUACUACUAACUACAGUACUGCUAGCUAACUGCUCUACUGCUAACUACUCUACUGCUAAAUAACUACUCUACUGCUAACUAACUACUCUACUGCUAACUAACUACAGUAUUGCAAACAAACUACACUAUCACUAACUACUCUACUACUAACUACAGUACUGCUAACUAACUACUACUGACUACAGUACUGUUAACUAACUACUACUGACUACAGUACUGUUAACUACUCUACCACUAACUACUCUACUGCUAACUAACUACUCUACUACUAAUACUGUUAGUCAGAGAGAUACAGGUUAAAGCUAAGGUUAGAAUAACUACAGGACUAACGGCUAGUCAGGGUCAGAGAGAUACAGGUUAAAGCUAAGGUUAGAAUAACUACAGGACUAACGGCUAGUCUGCUGUCAGGGUCAGAGAGAUACAGGGUAAAGCUAAGGUUAGAAUAACUACAGGACUAACGGCUAGUCAGGGUCAGAGAGAUACAGGGUAAAGCUAAGGUUAGAAUAACUACAGGACUAACGGCUAGUCUGCUGUCAGGGUCAGAGAGAUACAGGGUAAAGCUAAGGUUAGAAUAACUACAGUACUAACGGUUAGUCUGCUGUCAGGGUCAGAGAGAUACAGGGUAAAGCUAAGGUUAGAAUAACUACAGUACUAACGGUUAGUCUGCUGUCAGGGUCAGAGAGAUACAGGGUAAAGCUAAGGUUAGAAUAACUACAGGACUAAUGGCUAGUCUGCUGUCAGGGUCAGAGAGAUACAGGGUAAAGCUAAGGUUAGAAUAACUACAGUACUAACGGUUAGUCUGCUGUCAGGGUCAGAGAGAUACAGGGUAAAGCUAAGGUUAGAAUAACUACAGUACUAACGGUUAGUCUGCUGUCAGGGUCAGAGAGAUACAGGGUAAAGCUAAGGUUAGAAUAACUACAGGACUAACGGCUAGUCAGGGUCAGAGAGAUACAGGGUAAAGCUAAGGUUAGAAUAACUACAGUACUAACGGCUAGUCUGCUGUCAGGGUCAGAGAGAUACUGCUUAUGAAUUCAACAUUCAUGUGUUAUGAAGUCGUUAUGUAGGGACCCUUCUGGUAAAGUGUUACCCAACCUUGCAACCAAUGUUCCCUCAACAUUUUUGGGGCACUGAGCAAAUUUUAGGUAUUGUGAGCGGGAACUUGAAUGUUGUGAGAAUUUUGUGCAUUUACAGUGAACACUGAGGCUGUACCCUUACAGUUUUAGACACUUGCCAAUAGGCUUUUGUGGCUAUUUGAGCAUAAUGUAUUCCUACCAACAAAACCAAUGGGAGAAAAUCCCAUAACAUUUACACAUGGACAUAGCUUUUGAUUUCUAUGAUAUAGCAUACAGUAGCGAAUAGGCUACCCCCUCUGCCUAUUGGCUUAUUUACACUGCCCCUUUAAUUAAGACAUAAGCUUUUUACCUGACUGGCUUUUCAAAGACAGCUUGAAAUGUGCUCUUGUGGGAAGCAGUAACUCCCCAUUGCUGACCUAUACUUAUAUAUGACUGGGCUAAUAACUCGCUAACUAGCGAAGAAUAUCAACAAAUGUGCGCACGCGCGGCUCUGCGCUCUGAUCUGAAAAGCUCGCGGGUGAUUGAAAGGGCUAACGUUACCCCAGUCAAUAGGAUUCUACUCCGUUGCGCUCUGGCGCUGCCUACAACAAAAUCACAGACUCAGUCUUGCAAAGUUAGAUUUUGUUUUGGUUUGUUGCAUUGAUAAGGGGCUUAUAAAAUGUUGAUUAGAUCACAGAAAAACUAUGUCUAUAUAGUGGAAACUAAUGGGCGAUCUCAGUGAAGUUCAAUCUUUUGCGUCUCUGCGCUGCAUGGCAUUUCUUCUGCGCUGCAGUCCUGGAGGAAGUGCGCAAGAGCGCAGUUUACAUUUACAUUUUAGUCAUUUAGCAGACGCUCUUAUCCAGAGCGACUUACAGUUAGUGAGUGCAUACAUUUUCAGACUGUCCCCCUGUGGGAAACGAACCCGUAACCCUGGCGUUGCAAGCGCCAUGCUCUACCAACUGAGCUACAUGGGACUUAGUUUAGAGGGAACAUUGCUUGCAACCAAGCUUUGCUGUGAAUAUUGCCUUUUGGUCAUGAAUAUCAUUCUACUACUGUAAUAAUGCAUGCCAGCAUUCUGCUUAUCCAACUCAACAUUACUUGCACAUGAUCCCAUGAUAUGCUUGCACAGUUAUUUGUAACAUUCACUCUUCCCCCUCAAUAGGAGCUGUACUCUGCCUGCAACCCCAUCGUGACCAAGCCCAAGCCCAAGGUGGAGCUGCCUAAGGACGACAAGGCAGGGGAGCAGAAUGGACCAGUCAACGGCCAGGAGAAAGCCCCAGCAGAGGGCACCGAGGAGGGGACCGCUGACAGCACAGGCAACCCCCCCUCCACGGAAUCCACCGAACCAAGACCGGACAUGGACCUUGACUAAGCAGACAGACAGGCAGCAACCAGUGUCUCCUCUACCAGGGUCUGUGUCUUCAUCUGAGAGUAGUGUCUCCUUCCAUGUUUCCUUGUUGCCUUCCCCAUUCAGAUCUGAUAGGACUGGAUAGAUGAGUUCAACUAAAGCAUUAUGGCAAAAAAACAAAACUCUACCUGCAUGGUCUACCAAAAGGCAUGCUGGAUAUAUUAAGUACAGUACUGUAGCACAUUGCUUAUGUCUUAUCUAUCUUGUCAUAUCUGUUGCGAUAAGGAAGGAAUCAAACUAGGCAACAAGGGAAGGAGGCAAGGUGCUGGAUUGAGACGCAGCCCAGAUGUACCAGCGCUACUAGUGAAGUGUCAACUCUUUGCUUGAGUCUGAAAUGGCACCCUAUUAACUAUAUAG